AUGAGAAACAAUGCUUCGGAUCAAGCUCAUUUACCGGAAGUCAUCUUCCUCGCCAGUAGCCACCGAUGUGGCCUCAAGCCGCUGAACAAGGUCUUUGAUCUGCCGAGCGAUCUCAAAUGCAAUGGGAGGCAGUUUGUUCGUGAGCUCAUGCAAUUGCUCCGGGGUGGUGGCGUCCUGGCCCUCACCAGCAGUGGCCGCCAACCGGCCGCGACACUGGUCCAAUGCCGCGAUGACUGGUUCAGAUGUCUGCCGCAAAGUGAUGUCUCCGCUGCGUUCGCGCAUCAACUGCUCUGUAGCGGAUACCACAUUCGCAACAACGUUCGAAAUGGCAGAUACGUGCGUCUGAACAGUCUGCAGGUUGUCCUCGGCUCGGAUACUGGCCACCAAAGCCUGGAUUUGUUGGACCAUGCCAUCGGUCUGGUCCUCGACAUAGAGCUAGGAUCAUCCGUCAGUAAAUCAUUCGUUGAGCGACACCUGGCCCUUGACCUUUGCGCGCAGAGCAGCCGACCCAUCCACCGGGAUCGGGGAAUAUUCCACGUCCUGCAGAAUAUGGCGAACUGUUACAAUGACCAUCUUGAUGUGUUGGAGCACCACAUGCGAUUCCUCGAAACGCGCAACUCGCAGGAGCUCGUCCACAGAUACCUGGAACUUAGUAACAUGGAUAUCUUUGACCAACCCGUCGGCUUGCACCAACUCAUGCUCUUUGGCGACAAGACUUGCGUCGGGCCGCGAGUCGGCGAAACCACCAGAGGACGUGCGAAGAUGCCGCAGCUGCGCCUUGACCUUGGCAUAACGAUGCUUCCAUUCGUUGGCAUCUGCCUCGAGUCUGUGCACCUCAUGCGAGAGCUGUUCUUCGCGCUCCCAAUUAGACUGACUCUCGGCUGA